CACAGGGGAGAAGAAACCCCCCCACAACCUCGAUUGGCUUUAAUCUCAACAAACUUUACCACAGACCCCCUCCCUCCUACAAACAACCCCCCCCCACCACUCCGCACCCCAGCAAACAAACAGAAACAGCCUCAGUAGCUGUUACAGCUUCUAGAUUUGACUUCUGAAUUGGGAAUUUCCUGAGUGUCAUCAUCACCUUCAUCACCUUCAUCACCUUCAUCACCUGGAGCGUCCUGCAGUGAGCUCAACAUGUAUUUGGAAAACAAAAACAACCUGGACAUUGAGAUGUCUCAGAGCCAUGCUGGCCACCAGGGCAGGAGCGGGCUGAGGUCACCGGAGGCCGUCGCAGGAAACUUUGGGGAGCUGCGUCUCCUGCAGGGCAUCUCAGAGAGAGGAGACACCCAGAAGCUGCAGCAGUCUGCCGUGCUGCCCUCAGGACAGUGUGUCCUCCACACAGAGGGCUUUGUUCCAGUUCGACAAGAGGAAGGUGUUUUUCAGCAUGUAUCCGGAUCGAGAUAAUCCCUGGAGGAUGUUGGCAGUCUCUCCAACAGACACCUUCUCGAUGAAUGUGACUGACUUUCGGGACAACGCUUUGCUGAAGCUGCAGGUGGCGGGGCCUUUCGCAGGAGGGAUUUUAGACUUGGACACGCAGGAGUACAUCCUGAUCCAGGUGGAGCAGACGGAGCAGCCAGGACAACGGAGGAGGAGAGCUCAGCAGGUGAUUCAUAAUUGGACCAUUCCUUUACGCUCUGAACGAAUUGACCAGAGAGAGUUAACGAAAACCUUUGAGAUGGUCAGCAGCGACCCCAUCGACAUCACAAUUCAGGCCUUCCUGCAGGAUAACAAGGUUGUGCCAUUGUCCAUGACCCACCAAUCGCUCUACGUCACCAUGGAGACACAGGUGGCCAUCGCUGGAGUCAUCUUGGCUGGUGUCUACGUUCUCAUCAUCUUUGAGAUUGUUCACCGUACUUUAGCUGCUAUGCUCGGCUCUUUAGCAGCUUUAGCAGCACUGGCUAUCAUUGGAGACAGACCCAGUCUGGUCACAGUGGUGGAAUGGAUCGACUACGAGACUCUGGCUCUUCUGUUUGGCAUGAUGGUGCUGGUGGCCAUUUUUUCAGAAACUGGUUUCUUUGAUUAUUGUGCAGUGAAGGCUUACCAGUUAUCCAGAGGAAGGGUGUGGCCUAUGAUCAUCAUCCUGUGUCUGAUUGCUGCCAUCCUGUCUGCUUUUCUGGACAACGUUACCACGAUGAUGCUUUUCACACCUGUCACCAUAAGGUUGUGUGAGGUGCUUAAUCUAGACCCCCGGCAUGUCCUGAUUGCAGAAGUAAUCUUUACCAACAUCGGAGGGGCCGCCACAGCUGUCGGAGAUCCACCCAACGUGAUUAUAGUGUCAAACCAGGGCCUGCGCAGAGAAGGGCUUGAUUUUGCCAGUUUCACCGGCUUCAUGUUCCUCGGCAUAUGCCUCGUCCUUCUCACCUCGUUUCCUUUCCUGCGGCUGCUGUACUGGAACAAAAAACUUUACAACAAGGAGUCCAUUGAAAUAGUUGAGCUCAAGCACGAGAUCCUGGUUUGGAGGCAAACGGCUCAGCGUAUUAACCCCGCCAGCCGAGAGGAGACAGCUGUCAAAUGCCUUCUGAUGCAAAAAGUGCUCAACCUGGAAAAUCUGCUCCGCAAGAUGAUGAAAACGUUCCAAAGACAAAUUUCUCAGGAGGAUAAAAACUGGGAGCAAAACAUCCAGGAGCUACAAAAGAAGCACAAAAUAACUGACAGGGUUCUGCUGGUGAAGUGUGCCUCCGUCCUCGCUGUGGUGAUCAUCAUGUUCUUCCUCAAUUCCUUCGUUCCCAGCAUUCACCUUGAUCUCGGCUGGAUCGCCAUCCUGGGUGCUCUCUGGCUUUUGGUUCUGGCUGACGUCCAGGACUUUGAGAUCAUCCUGCACCGGGUCGAAUGGGCCACGCUCCUGUUCUUUGCUGCACUCUUUGUUUUGAUGGAGGCUUUAGCUCAGCUGCAGCUUAUCGACUACAUCGGAGAGCAGACAGCUCUUCUUAUAAAAGCAGUGCCAGAAGACCAGCGCCUGGCUGUAGCCAUUAUUUUAGUGAUGUGGGUCUCUGCUUUGGCUUCCUCUCUUAUUGACAACAUCCCCUUCACUGCCACCAUGAUUCCAGUCCUCAUCAACCUGAGUCAGGAUUCAGAUGUGAACCUGCCAGUAAAACCUCUCAUCUUUGCAUUGGCCAUGGGUGCCUGCCUUGGUGGAAACGGUACACUGAUUGGAGCAUCAGCUAAUGUUGUGUGUGCAGGGAUUGCUGAACAACAUGGAUACGGCUUUUCCUUUAUGGAGUUCUUCAAGUUGGGAUUCCCCAUGAUGGUGAUGACAUGCAUAAUUGCCAUGUGCUACCUGCUGGCCACCCACGUUGGAUUGGGGUGGAACAUGUAAAACACGACGUUCUGUGGUCUUCUACAAGAAUUUCAGCUGCCUGUAAAUGAUGAGACAUGACUGAUCAAAMUAUAAACAGUACAAGAAGCUCUGUAUGGAUGGGAAAUGGAUGGAAGGUACCUUUACAGUAUGUAAAAUGUGGGCCAUCGGGCAUCAGAUUUACUGGAAACCUUGAACAAAAAUCUUGAUACUGAAAAGGGUUUUUUUGGGCUCAAAAUGAAUCAACCUUAUAACUGUGUACAUGGUGCUACAGCUUCAUCUAAUUAACAAACUGAUAUUUGAAAGAAACACCCAGUGAAAGGGAUUUUAUAAAAAAAAAUGUUAAUAUUUCUCUGUUGGAUUCCUUCAUUGCAAAAGCAAAGUUUAUAUAAAUGAUUGAAAGUGUUGCAAUUUACAGCACUUUAAGCAAUCACUGAUUGAGAUGGAUGUAUUUACUGUAGAGGUAGUGAUUAUUAAAAAUGUGCUGUACAAUGAACAGAUAUCACAUUUUUAACUUGUCAAGUCAAAGUGUUUUCUGUAUUUAUUGUAUGGCUCAACCACCUGAACAUCUAUGUUUGAUAAAUAAAUCUUUCAGACACAGAUGAAGAAUAAAGAGUGUCCUGCCUCUGG